CUGUGACAUUUCAUUCGCCGGCAAUUAGAAGCCAAUUUCACGCGUCGCUCUCGCAGCCAAAACCAUAAAUUUCGCCCGACACUUGUCCGCGCGAAAGCGACUUAAAUGGUUUAAGGUAUUAUGGCCAAGUCUAUAUUUUAUUGGUAAGAACGGAAUUUGAAGUGCCCGUUUAAUACUCGAUUUAAUUGGCGCGACAAUGGAUUUUUUGUGGGCCUUGCCUAAAAUAUCACAGUAGAAUCUACUUUCUUCCGAAUCGAUAUCUAUCUAAAAAUGGCUUUCCCAUCAAGAAAUGUUGACGAUAUAUUGGAGGCGGUGCAGAAAGAUCCUUUCCACUUGCGCAAUUUGCCGAACAUCUACAAGCUAGAACUGGAGUUGCAGAAACGGGAAAGGGGCCACACGGAGAAUGUCAGCCACUCCCGCAUCCUGUUGAGGGAAGGUCCUGACAUACUGGCGAAGUACAAAAACGACGAGGCGACCCUGGAGCUUUUCAAUAUCUUGGCGCCCGCUCACUUUUAUAGUUUACCGCUGAGGUGUGUGGAACCAGUUGAAAGAAACAUUGCAAAUGUAAAUACAUACCUGGUAAUUCCGGGAAAAAGCAUUUUUGAACCGGAGUCUCCAUCAUAAAUGUUAAUUUGUUAUUCCAAUAAAAUAAGCAUUGCUAGCCUUAUGGCUUACAGGCAUUACCAGCCGAGAAAUCAA